GCGGGGAUGUACGAACUUCCGGUUGUCCGGGCAGGCUGCCGCCUCCGCCGCCGCCGAAGCCGCCCGGCGCAGUCUCAGCCACCGGCUCUCCGCCGGGGAGUCGGCUCUGCGGUUCCGGCGCGCCCAUGGUCGGCGCUGCGGACCGGCAGGCCAGCCCGGCCGCUACGGCGUGCUGAGAGGCCGGCGUGGAGACCAUGCCGACCCGGCGCGGCUGCUCCGGGCCUGGCUACUUCCUGGCUCCGGCCUUCGUGCUGUUGUUGCUGCCCGCGCUGAGCGGGUCCGGGACGGUACCGUCGAUGGCGGUCAGGGAGGUGCAGGAAUCCAAGCCUCUCAGGCCCGGGCCGCACACGCUGUCGCCGCUGCCUCCGGGCCCCACCGCGGCCCAGCCUCGGGGCCAAGCUCAGGCUGAAGCCGCUGGGCCGCCCGGCGCGGAGAGCCGCAAUGGCAGCAUCCCCGGGGCGGGGUCUGAGGCGGACGGCCUUGAAGGGAAGGCCGGAGAAGGUUCCCAGGGUGGCAGCCUGGCCGUGAGUCCCAGUCCUGGCGACAAACCCAUGACCCAGCGGGCCCUGACCGUGUUGGUGGUGGUGAGCGCCGCGGUGCUGGUGUACUUCGUGGUCAGGACCGUCAGAAUGAGAAGAAGAAACCGCAAAACUAGGAGGUACGGUGUUUUGGAUACUAACAUAGAGAACAUGGAAUUGACACCUUUAGAACAAGAUGAUGAGGAUGAUGACAACACACUGUUUGAUGCCAAUCAUCCUAGAAGAUGAGUAUGUGCCUUUCAUGAGAAGAUUUCCAUAUUUCUACUGAAGAACAGAGUUUCUAUGUCUAAGGAAUAAGAAGCCACUCUAUCAAGGGGAGGGGAAUUUAAGUUACAUACAUUAUGUCAACCUUUAAUUUGUUGAUACUCACUGCCUAGUGCAUCAUUUGGUUACAACUUUGUAUAUUUGGAACUGCUGUAUUUAUUAGGGACAAACUGUACUAUGCUGGAUUUUCUGUUUGAAAAUUAUUUUAAAAAUGUUUUCUGCAGAGCUUUUGUUCCUGUCUUUUACCAUAUUAUUGUAACUUGGCUUUCUUUAUUAACCCAUUGUCGUUGCUUUCGUUUUGUCAGUGUCAUAAUGUAAAGAACUAUAAGUCACAGCUAACUGCUAUGAGUAAAUACAAUUCUACUAAACUUUUUCCCAUUUUUAUGGGGAAAAAGCCAAAUCUGCUAUGUUAUUUUUGAGUUUGUAAAUAGUAAUAAUUGUCUGUGCUAAAGUAUGAAAAAGAAUAAAUAUGAUUUAAAAUUAUUUAAGUGGUACAGACAGAAUGUUUAUAAAAUAAAUACUGCAGAAUUAUAUAUUAACAUGUGUUUUAUAUUAUCUUUCUAUACUGAGUCCAAAACAUAUGUUUCCUUAACUAUAGUUAGUGUCUUGGUGGAUCUCUGUGAGUUUGAGGUCCAGGAUGAAUCUGUCAAGGAAGGUUGAAUAUCUUGCUAGACAUUAGAUAUUUUUGCAAAACUAUGAAUUUCAAACACAUUUGUAGUAUAAUAUGAGAGAGUUAAUACAAAUUGUAUGGUUAUAAGUCUUGUCAGAGAUCAAAAGAUUGAAAUUUUUCAUCUGUAGACUUCAGUCAGGAUUUUAUCUAGAGACUAGUAUUAUCUUGCAACAAAUCCAAUCCCACCCAGGUCUGAUUUUUACAUAUUUUAAAAUUUAGAUGAAAACUUAAAAAGCAUGAGUCAUAAACUCCAUUGCUUGUUAGCAUCAGUGAGGUCAUUGAAAUGUGUGACGAAAUGGAAUGAUCCCUAGUCAUAGUGGUUUACAAGGUUGUUGUUAUUUAUUAACAUCAACUUUAUGAUGUCUACUUCUACUGUGUUUGACAUUUUCUCUGUAGUGAAGCUGGUUUUUUUUUUAAAAAAAAAAAACUACCUCAAAAGCUAAACUUGGCUAUUUUAUAGACUUCUGCUUCAUGAUGAUGAAUUAAUUUGGUACUGACUAAAGCCAACCAUGAGGCUACUCUCAUUCAACAAGGCCACAAUAGAAUCUCCUCUAACAACGAGAAAAAGAUCAAAAGAAAAAUGGUUGUAUAUUUAAGUAUAACUCAGGCCUGUAAUAUUUCAAAUAAAACUCAAAACUUCACAUACUAAAAGGGCGUUCUUGUUGCCACAUUCUCUCCUUAUAUUGAGAAGCUCUGCUGGCUGUCCACCGAGGUUAUGUGGCGCCAUCAUUCUGUGGCUGGGGUUGUGCUCAUCUUAAGUUUCACCUUGACUGAGACUCCAAAGCAGCUUACUCAUAUGCUGCCAAUUGGUGGAGAGGUCAAUUAUAAUGCUUAACAUGGAUUAGCAACUGGAUUCUGAGAUGAUCCUAAGGUAAAUGUGAAAAGAGCCACCUAUCUUAGGAUUUCAUUUCAGGUGUAUGUGAAUAUUGGCUCUGACGCAUUCUAUUCAUUAAGCUUAUCAGCAAGAUUAAUUUAGAACCAAGUUAGAACCCCACAAACAGUGAGAGGAUGUUCUUGUAUUGCUACACCAUGCAAUGCUUUGCUGGUCUUUGCAGGUCUUCCUUGGUCUUCACUUCCUAGAAAUACACCAAAGAACUUCUCAUGACAAUGGUUGUCAUGAUGGAUGCAAGAAGCCAUGGAAAUAGAACAACGUAAUAUAGCAAGGGGGAUAAAUGUUGCUAAAGUCCAGCUGCUUGGUGAAGGGCUGUUAUACUAGCCUAUGAGAACAAAUCACUCUGAUGAGGUCAUAAUUAAACAUUAUUGUGUUGUAGCUUUAAUACCUUGGGAUAUGAUUGGGGAGCUGCGUGGGAGAGCCAUAUCAGACCCUAAAACCAGACAGUCAUUGAUAGAGAUUUUGACAUUUGAAAAUGCAAAUACUGAACGUAAGAGAGCAAUCAGACCAUUGCAAGCAUAAGGAACCCUGAUAGAUGAUUCUGGCCACUUUGCUGAUUCCUGCUAACUUUGCUGAUUCCUGAUUCUUGCUUGUCUCUGCUAGACUGCACCACUGCUAUAGAUCAGUGUUUGGUGUUUGCUGUUGAGUUGGACUGCUGGUAUCUGCCAAGGAGGAGGAGAAUCAUCCCAAGGAACUACUUCUGAAACAAGUCCAAAACAUCUUUUCCUAUUAAUCUUCUUCCCCUACCUCUGGUCAGUGGUUUAUAAGGAAGGUUGAAGUCUUUAAAAACCCUAAGUAAAGUAGGUUUUGAAAAAAAUCUAAGCCUACACUUGCUCAUCAUGGGAGAAGCAAAACACACACACACACACAGAAGGAAUCCAGUGGUAUCCAUUUUUGGACACCAUUAACAUAGGCUGUCUGUCUACCAGGAUUUAUAACUUCCUUAUCUGCAAAACAGGCCAAUCUUUCACCAGUAUUCCCCGUUAUAUCUCAUUUAGAGCUUGGAUUGAACACUAAGAUUUAUACAUUUAAAUUUAAAGGGAAGAUGAUAGGUUUGGAUGCAUUUAUGGAAUGUAACACAAUUCCUCAAACAUGGUUUCUCUUUAACAAAACCAAUAUAAAUAAAAGAAACAAAUGAUCUUUCCUCUUCAACAGUCAAUAGUCCAAAGGAAAAACAUGGGUUUGAAGUUCAUUAAAAAUUCAAAUUAUUUUAAAAGGAUGAUUUUGACUGGGGGUACUGGAGGUAGCUAUCCUCUGUCUUUCUAUGGAAGUCUAAAUGACAUUUUGGUUUAAUAAAAUGUUUAAUUGUUA